AUGAGCAAGCCGCCGUCCCCUGCGUGGGAGAAAGAGCAUCUCUGGCUCUACCUUUUGGCGUUGGGGUUCGAUCCGGGAGGAGCCGUUGCCGCUGGGAAAAUGUCCAUUCAUCUCCGCCUGGGCCCGGAUAUGUUUGAUAAGCCAAACAAAGAUGCAUUUCACAUUGUUUCGUUCUUCUUGUUUUCAAAGCUGGAUCAGUCAUGUUGCAAUGAGGUCUUUAGAUUUUCUUUUCCUCCAACAGACAAGAAGUCAGACUCCGAAUUCAGGAAGCAAUGCUGUGAUUGGCUAAGAAAAAUUUCAGAUGAAUACGGGAACAACUUUCCUUCAGUACAUGCAUCAGUAUUCCUUUCCCCUGGUGGUUCUAAGUUCAUUCACCUAAUGUUCCACUUUGCCAGAUGUGUCCUGUUACAUCACAUCAAAACAGAUUCUGCAGGUGCUGGCACAUACUUUCCUGAGCUGCUGAACUUGAGACCUCCAGACUUCAAUAUGGGAGUUGCAAAAUACUGUGUGGCAUAUCACAGAUUUCUGUGGAAUCUACAAAAAGAAGAUGUAAUAAUUCAAGAACUUCAGAAAAAAGCACUGGUUUUCAGUAAGCAAAUAAGAGGUUUAAGAUAUGAAAGUGCCGAACAGGACAAACAGCUCCAAAAAGCAGAAAAAAAUUCUGAUCACAGCCAGAGCAACAUAGCAGAGAAAGUUAAAAAGGUUCGCUCUAUGUGGGUGUUGAUAAUAGAAACACUUAAACUUCUUCAGAAAGAAAGACAAGUUGUAGAUUCAGUUGUCAACGGUCAUGUAGGCGAGUAUAUAUUAGAUGGCACCAGCACUACUGUCAGUGUUCCAAGACUACUUCUUGAAAAAGUUGAAAAAGAAAUGCACAGACUGCAUGUCGGAAAUAUAUAUGAAGCUGGAAGACUAAACAUUUUAACCAUUAUGGAGUUAUUAAACAAAGCCUUGGAAAUUUUGAUACUUGAACGCCAGCAUAUUGACAAGAAUUCACUGAAACUGGAUUUUCAGUAUUUUGACGGAAAGACCAAGUUCCAGAAUGAGACUUUAUUGGGACUAAAGUCACUGUGGCAUAAAUUAAAACAUGAGGCUCAUGUAUCAAUAAAUCAGUCAAUUGCUGAAAAACAAAGAGAAUGGGAUUUGAAGUGGGAGAACUGUUUAGGAGAAUCACCUUUUCUUUUCAUUAAAGAGCCUAACCCUGCUCUUGAUUUGUUACCGGCUAUGCCUCCCCUUUCUUUUACUCCUGCUACAGAGGAAGCUUAUAAAAGCAGUGUAUUUUGCCAGUAUCCUGCAUCAAUUCCUGACUUGACGAAAAAGCACUUUCAGACAAGUGCAUUUAAGAAAGACAGUGAACCAUUGAGAGGUGAAGUUGGUGCAUCUGCAGUAAUCACAGAUAGAAAUGUUACAUCUUCUCGUUGUGCUUCAGAACCUGAAAAUAGAGCGCAGAAAUGUUCAGAGAAGGACUCAACUAUUGAAACUCCCAAGAGGAUCGAGUAUUCUAAUUCUCAAAUGUUGAAAUAUGAAGGAGGAAAUAAAUCAACAGACGAUUCAAAGAAAAGACGUGCUGGCAGGCUCAAAAAGCCAUCAGUUAAAAAUGAAGAUCUUCUUAAGAAAGAACAGGAACAACUAGCAGAAGUUGUGGCAGAUGUUGUUGUAUCUGAUUCGCCACAGAAUACUAGAGGAAAAGGAAAAGAGUUGGAUAACCUGAUUGGCACCUUAGCCUUUAAUCCUUUCUUAACUAGGAAACAAAUUCCACGGACUCCAGAAAAUCUAAUUACUGAAAUUAGAAGCUCUUGGAAAAAAGCUAUUCAGGCUGAGGAAUCCUCAAGCAUAGAAUUGCAUCAUACUGAGUCAUCAGAACACACGCCACAGGAUAUGGUUCCUGUAUUUAGAAACAGAAUAGAUUCAAGUAUGGCAUGCUUUAUGUCAGCAUACAUAUCUGAUAAUGAGUCACCUUUCCAGGAAUUGCAGUCUUCAUUUCAACUUCAGGAAGUAGCUACUAGCCCUAAUAAAGUAGCUAAGGACCCUAAUGAAUUGCAGUCCCAGCAAGCAACUGUUGGUUCCCCAGAUGAUCAGAUGUAUUGCAAACAAGGGUUAGUAUGUGCUAUUCCAAAUAUAUGUAAAACAGCUAAUCCAAAACUAGGUCUUGAGAGUUUUAAUGAGCCAGAUUCUACUCCAGGAGAAGAUUUUGCAAAACCGACCCAAUCAUCUGAUCUGUGUCAGGAUUCUUCAACUCUGUCAUGGGAUGUUUCUCAGAUAAGUGGCUCUAAUUUUGAUGGCCAUGAAGUUAUCCAUCUGGGCAUACUUCAAGAAACCCUCCCAGAGGAAGGAGGAGGAUCCAUAAGUCUUCAUAGUUCCAUUGGUUUAGAGGCAGAAGAGCUAACCGUAACAGAAGAAACCAGUGCCAGAGAUGACUACAUUUUUACAAACAAUGCACGGGGAAAUGAGGAGAGACUGGAUUUUCAAUCUAUUCAAAGCAGAUAUGAAGCUCUGAAAAAGACUUUUAUUGAAAACCAGGACUCACCUUGUAGAAAGCAAAUCCCGAGGGCGAGAUCAGAAUUUAGUCUCACUCAAACAAGCUUGGAAACAAAAGAUAUGUUUAGCCCAUUGGGAAAGCCUUAUGCAUUGGAUGCAGAACUUGUCAAGAAGCCCUCACAUAUGACUCUGCUUGAAAAAAGGGUCAGUCUCUCCCCUUUUGUUGCGUUUUCUCCAGCUCACCCAAGAGACCGGUCAAGCAGACAGGAUCAAGGAGACGUGCUUCAUAAUGUGAAGGAUACCACCAUUGCCCACAUCUCCCAACAAGGCCCUAUGAACAGACUGAGAAGCCAUGUCUCCUUUCUGAGUAUGCAGAAAAAUACCCACUUUACUCCAGUUUUCAACCCAGGGAAUCAUGUAAACCCAAAUCAGAAUAUAUUAAGCAGCCAGUGUCCAUGGAAGGCAUCUCAACUGCCAGGAGAGAUUACGUCCCUCAUGAAGUGAAACCUAUAAAACUGAGACCUCCAGACCAAUAUAUUAGGAAUAAUGAAAAUAUGGACACAUUGUCCACAUACAAGCAAGACUACAAUGCUUACCCUAUUAACCGGGUGGCUCCUUGUGUGCCCC